AUGACCAGUUCUGACGAUGAACCAAUAGCCUUGUCUGCACAUGCCUUGGCUGCUUUACAAGAAUUCAGAAGCGAAGAAAAAGAGAGGUUGGAGAAGUUUGAAUCCUUGUACCAGCAAUCUGAAGAUAAAUUUGAUGAGCAAAAGAAACAAGAGCAACAAAAGAUAACUAUUGACGACUUUAAAGAGGACUGGCAAUUAUCACAAUUUUGGUACUCGGAUGAGACUGCAAAAAUAUUGGGCAAAGCUUUAUUAGAAGGUGCUGACGAAAGCACGGUUGUUGUGAUUGCCAGUGCACCUUCAGUGUAUGCCGCCAUUAAGCAAUUCCCACCAGAAGAGAUUCCUACUGAGCAUAUUUAUUUAUUAGAGUUUGACCCUAGAUUUAAGGUUUUGGCCGGUUCCGAGCACUUUAGUGUCUACGACUACAAUAAGCCCAACGAUAUCCCAGAGCAUUUACGCAACAAAUGCCACAGAUUAUUGAUUGAUCCCCCAUUCUUAGAAGAAGAGUGUCAGACAAAGUCGAGCGAAGCAGCCAAGAACUUAUUGGUUCACAACAAGACCGAGAAAACAAAACAUGGAGAUAACAAGUAUAAAUUAAUCACGUCGACUGGUGAAAGAAUGUUUGAAUUGGUCACUAAGAAAAACUAUCCUGAUACCGAGAUGACAGACUUUUUCCCCGAACAUAAGAAUGGAUUAAGUAACGAAUUUAGGUGUUAUGCGAAUUUCGAAUGUUCGUAUUGGAAAUUUCAAAAGUGA